GGCCGGCCCGGCCCGGCCCAGGGGGGCAGGGGGCGCCCCCGGGCCCGCGGCGCUCGGCGCAUGCGCCCCGCCGUCGGGAAUUGUUGCUCCUCGCCGCUCCGCGCCAAGUUCCAGCGCGCGGCGCGUCCCCCGUGAGCGGCCGCCGGGAUGGGGGCGGCGGCCGGGCGGGCGGGACCGCGGGAGCUGCUGCUGCCGCUGGCGCUGGCCGUGGCGUGCGCGGCGCGCAGCGCCGACGGGCCCAGCAACAUGUCCUACGUGAAGGAGACGGUGGACAGGCUGCUCCAGGGCUACGACAUCCGCCUCCGCCCCGACUUCGGAGGUCCGCCCGUGGACGUGGGCAUGCGGAUAGAGAUCGCCAGCAUCGACCUGGUCUCCGAAGUCAACAUGGACUACACCCUGACCAUGUACUUUCAGCAGUCCUGGAGGGAUAAAAGGCUCUCCUAUUCUGGAAUACCUUUGAACCUAACUCUGGACAACAGAGUGGCUGACCAGCUCUGGGUGCCGGACACAUAUUUCCAGAAUGACAAGAAAUCAUUUGUCCAUGGGGUGACAGUGAAAAACCGAAUGAUUCGACUCCAUCCAGAUGGGACAGUCCUUUAUGGCCUACGGUUGAGUUGGUGUGCCAUGUUUUCUCCGGGGACAAGGCAGCUCUUUAGAUGCAUCUGGAUCACAACAACAGCUGCUUGCAUGAUGGACCUACGCAGAUAUCCUCUGGAUGAACAAAACUGCACACUAGAAAUUGAAAGUUAUGGAUACACUACCGAUGAUAUUGAAUUUUACUGGAAUGGAGGAGAGUCAGCAGUAACAGGAGUUAAUAACAUUGAGCUCCCACAAUUUUCUAUCGUUGAUUACAAGAUGGUAUCAAAGAGAGUGGAAUUUACAACAGGAGCAUAUCCUCGAUUAUCACUUAGCUUCCGGCUUAAAAGAAAUAUUGGAUACUUCAUUUUGCAAACUUAUAUGCCUUCCACGCUAAUCACAAUUCUUUCAUGGGUAUCUUUUUGGAUCAAUUAUGAUGCCUCUGCAGCCAGAGUUGCUCUAGGAAUCACAACUGUGUUGACCAUGACCACCAUCAGCACCCACCUCAGGGAGACCUUGCCAAAGAUUCCCUAUGUCAAGGCAAUAGAUAUUUACUUGAUGGGAUGCUUUGUGUUUGUGUUCCUGGCCUUGCUGGAAUAUGCCUUUGUAAACUACAUAUUCUUUGGGAAAGGACCUCAACAUCAAAAAAAGACAGCAGGCAGGGCAGGACGUGCUCCAGGCGAGAAGAGAAGACUGGAAACAAAUAGAGUCCAGGUUGACCCCCAUGGAAACAUGCUUCUUAGACCACUUGAAACACGAAAUGACGUCAGCAGCUCAGAUGUGUUCAUGAGCCUCCGUGACCCUCGAGCCACCACGUACACGUAUGACAGUGCCAACCUGCAGUACAGAAGAGCCACUUCCAGCAGAGACCUCUACAACAGGAGUGCUCUGGAUAGGCACAGGCUUCAUAAAAAAGGACACUUACGAAGAAGGGCAUCCCAGAUCAAAGUCAAAAUCCCUGAUUUGACUGAUGUUAACUUGAUAGACAAGUGGUCCAGAAUGGUCUUUCCCAUAACGUUUAUUCUUUUCAAUGUUAUUUACUGGCUGUAUUAUGUCCACUAAUUUAUGCAAUAAUGUUACCACAGACUGACUUAAUUAGGCUUGUUGCUUUUCCUUCUCAAUUUUAACUCUGAAGAACUUCAGUAGCUAUAAUGUUACAUGUUCAAUGUAAGAUACCCAGCCAUGGAACACUUCUAGAUUUAAGCUUUCAAAAAAAAACCCCAACCCAACCCAAAUUCAGCCUUAUAGCAUUCAGAUCAGAAUAUUACAGAUCUGCUCUUAAAAAGCAUCUUCAGCAAAAGUGCUAUACCUUGAUUUUUACAAAGUUUAUGCAUCACGAAUGACCUUUCUGUAGCCACUUUAAUUUUUUUUUAAGUGGAAUAAAAAUUAGUCCCACUGUAUUUCUUAUCACAUAUUGGCAGCCCACAGCAGCAUGAUUCCAAACAACACAGUAAAACAAUUCAAAGCAGUAUCUAUGUCACUAUCUUUCAGCAUUUAGAGUGUACAGAAAUUUGAAGAAAUAACAGUUUGGAGGAUUAUAAUUGUUACACCACAACAUCAUUUCAAAUAGUUAUACUGGGAAGGAUUUCCAUAGUGUGUGUGAGAAGUAUCACUCAACGAAAAGUCAAAUCACAUUUUCAGAGAAGCUGGGAUCUUGAAAAGAAAUAAAGGGUAGCAGAGAGAAAUUCCACUGAAUUUCCAAGCAAGGAAUCAGCUGAUUUGAUCUAACUGGACACAAAGUAAUAAUGUUGAAAUUUAUGAGAACAAUUGUGCCAUAUGCAAUUUUGUAUUAAAAAGUAGAAAACAAGCACAUGUUCAUUCCUGGAAGCAAUACUGAGACAUACCCCAGGCCAAGACUUUUCUUGACUCCCAGGUCUCCCGUGGCUGGUAAUUGCAACAUUCUCCCAAAAGUUACACACAAAAUCACACAGAGUAUUCCGAGUAGGAAGGGGCCCAUAAGGAUCAUUGAGUCGAACUCUUAAGUGAAUGGUCCCUAUGGGGAUCGAACCCAUGACCUUGGUGUUAUUGGCACCAUGCUCUAAGAGGAAAUCAAACCCAAAACUAAGUUGGCAGAUGUCUAGGAACAGAUCUGAGGAAAUUUCUGCAUAUAGUUUCCUACAGAUUUCCUUACUCCACUGAGGAUCAGGAGAUGUGUCUGAGUCUUAUGGCACACCAGUGAUGUUGGGUGCACUCCUUUUGAGGAGCUGCCUCUCCGCACUUGGCUGCUUUUUGCCUAACACAGCCAAUUCCAUCCAAGGAGCCACAGGUAAAGUUCUAGCAAGGUCCAUGCAAUUGAGAAGCAAUAGGUCAGUCAUCUUCUCUAUGGCCAAUUGUUUCCUAACAGUGUUUACACUGCUGUCUAACAUAGCAAUUUAUUGAAACUAUUAUCAGUUAAUUUUUUUUUUAAUUAAAAAUGUUUCAUACUUUUAGGAGAGUCAAGAUAUCCAAGCCAACAGAGUCUAUGUAGGUACCAAAGUGAUUGUUACCCAUGGAAGCUUGUACAGAAAGAAACAUUGGUACAGAUACAAAUGAGUGACGUGGAAAGCUUCUUCAGCAGCUCCUCAUUGCCUGGCAGUAAGGUCAGCUGACUACCUUAUUGCCAACUGAUAUGACAAUUUCUUUAAUCAGAAUAUAAUAACAAGUGAAACCUUCCUACAUGCUAAAGUUUGUCACAUUGUGCAAUACCUGGACCUUCUCAUCCUUCCCUUUGUUUGUGCAGUAGGCUUCUGCAGAAAGAGUCUGGAAUAAUAGAAUAAACAAACAAGAAAAGGAAUAGGUUUAAUUUACAAGAAAUAUAGGGCUGCAAACCAGGCAUUUGACAUUGCUAAUCUAGGGGGGGUCUUUAAGACUAUCAAUUUUUCUGUGGGCUCCAAAGUCCCAACCUCAUCCCAAGUUCAAUGGAGCACAGCGGUGGUCUCCUCAGAUGUCUUCUCUCCUCUCAUACAACCUUUAACCUCCAGUCUACUAAAGAGUUGCACAAUUUUAUCAGAUUAAUCAGCCACUGGGUACAGCUUGAGGUGAUUCAGGACAAAUAUUAAUUCAGUCAAAUGGCUCAACCUGGCUACAACUUGUACACCUAUCCCCACCCUGAAACAACUCCAAAUAUUUUUUAAACAAGAAUUCCACAUGGGAAAAUUUGAUUAAUUUUUUAGUCAAAUUUAAGCAGUGUUUAGAUAAGAAUAUUUGAGUGGCAACUAACUAUAUUAUUUUGGUAUUGUAAAAUAAAUAAUACAGAGAACAUAUGGAAGUAAGAAAAGUGAACUUUCCAUAACUGAAAAAAUGGCCCCAGGAGGGAGACAGCAGUAGGGCCAUACGUACUGUCCAUUCCAAACAAAUAGUUUUGAAUUCAGUGAACUGGCACCAGACUUUGCAAACGGAAUAAGUUCACAAACCAGUGAAUUUGCCCACUUUGUAUUUUUUUAUACAAAACUAAAUUCAAAGAAAGUAAUACAUUCUGCAGACUUGUAGUGUAAUAGACUCUAUGAAUAACAACUGCCAGUGACCCAUAUUUUUACAUUACCUGAUUCGCUAAAAAUAGUCACAGAUAGACCAUAGGAUAGUAAUUUAACCUGGCUGUUCAAGUGCUGCAGAGACAUUAGAACCUCUCCUUUCAGUUGCAGUGAACAUUCAGGAAGAACUAACACCCAAUAUGACAUUGAAACAAGACAAGACUUUGGGUUAAAAAAAAAAGGAUCCUUUAUCUUUGAUUACAAGAGCAAGGAUCAGCUUUAAUGGUCUUCAGCAUUUUUUCUUGUAGGCUUUUAACAUCUAGAUACACAUAUUUUGUAGUUUAUGGAUCAACCAGCUACUUCACACAACAGAUGACAGGCACAUGGAUUAAAAGCAGUUACGUUUUACAACUCCAAGGGGAUAAAGAAAGUAUGGAGCAGAGUAAAAGCCAUUAACAAAACAAGAGCAGUGCAAAUACAGAACUCCUUAAGAACAGCAUGUUCCAAAAUAGGAGGGUCCACCCUUAUGCACCAGGAGACCUUUAACACAUGCCACUGAUACAAAUCCCAGCCCUGCAGCCCAUUUUGAGUGGCACCCACUAAGGCCUAUCUGCACGGAGAGCAGGAAGCCAUGAUCUUGAGUCAGGAAACCCCUGCCAGCUCUUGGUGUAAAGUUUGGCAGCAGAGAUUAGUGACUCCACCACAUACAGAGGCAAGAGCCACUAACUGUAGGUACAACAACUUCUAGAAAAAAAAAGCAGAAGAAAACAUUUCUCACUUGAGAGCAAUAGCUUGGCAGCAAGGAGAAUGCAGUGGUUAUUAGAGGCAUAGGAUGGAAAAUGAGUCUGUUUAUGGGUUACCCAUGUACAUUGCCAUCUGGAGCUAGAAAUUAGUGAGUACAAAAGAAACAAUCUCUUCCCAUCAAUAGGUUGGAGUAAUUCGGCUGGUUUUGCACAAUAAAGGUGAAUAAUGCUGUAAUGCUAAGCUCCCUCACAGUUGUACUUCAGUAGUUAAUUUCCUUGCCCCUAGGAACCAGCCUUCAAGAUCAGCAUAAGUAGGUCCUAUUGCUAAUUAUGUUUCAGCUAAAUCCCGGUACAGUUUGUGCAGCUCUCACUCAAUUUGAACUGGAAGUCCUUUUUGGCUCAGUUUUCCAAGGACUUGAGCUUUAUUGUCCCUGAGUGUGUAUAUUUGUGUGCCUACCUGGGAAUGUCUCAAUAAUAUACGAAUCCAUUUGUAAUUUCAGCCAUAAGAUAACAGAACAGUAAGGACCUAUGAGAUACAACAUUCCUACAAGUUUCAACAAAGCAGCUAGCUUAUAGCAGAGGACAAGGCUCACGUUAACCCACCACUCAUAUGUGUAAAGUUUUGUUUUUGGUGUAAAUUACAUACUUAGGAGGUCUGUACACAGCACCUGCAAAACCACAGAGAUUUCUUAAACAUGCUCAUGAUGGCUGGUUGGGAUUUUUUUGGCCAUAUGACUGCAGGACCCAGAAGUGAGCUGCUCUGCAGGGUAAACAUUGGGAGAAUAUGAACCCGUGUCCCUGAAACAGGACGAAGGGGAAGCAUCUCCUGGGAACAAUCUUUACAAGUUAGUGUGGUGUAAUGUGCAAACACUAAAGCUAUUCCAUGCACUGUAGUCAGCUAAUUAGAAAGACCCUAGGCCUGAAAGAACAUAGGAAAAUACAGAUAUGGGCAAAGUGAGCAGAUAAGCAAAGAGAAAAUUAAAAAUUAUUUAAUCUAAUGGGGUCUCUUUAAACUCCUGCACCUUCGGCCUAAGCCUUCUUAUGCCUUCAGAAGAUUUUUCCGAUUCCCCCUUAGUCACAGCCUUAGUCUUUGUGAAUGACACUCCUCACACCACAAGCUCUCCUCAGCUUUUGUUACUUCAUUUAGCUCUGGUCCCAGCAUCUAGUUCUCUCCAGGGGCUGACGUGCAUGGCCAUGCUCCACACUUUAUGAAAACCUCUGUGUGGAAAUGUGAUGCCAACUUCUUUACCUGUCCUCCUAUUCUUCAGGAGGGAAGGGAGCAUGGUUGGGUACACUUGACAGACGUGCUCCUGGUCACGAGCUUGUCUUAGAUGCGUACAUUUGUCCUGUUUGCUACCUGCUUGGGUCUACCUGCAUUCCUUGAAGUGUAUGUUGAAGCUGACACCCAUAUAACGGGGUUUGUGAAAUCUCUAGCUUUUUCCAUCAAUUUGGUCUGGUACAGUCUCCACAAAUGCCUUAUCUGUCACAACUGGAGACCUUGCUUGUUCCAGAAGUAACUAAUUCUCUGAGCAAAGACAGAAAAAAAAACAUUUUCUGAUAGAUGGUACAAAGUACAGAGCAGCAAGUUCUCUUCUCCAUUCUCUUUAGUCCUGUUCCUGGUCACCUACUGGAGGUCAUUUUGUGCCUUAUGAGGACAGUUCAUUUCUCUGUAGUGAUGUAAGGUCAGGAUGCAAUUCCACACAUUCAAAUGCAAUUCCAUGAUCAUCAUGUUUUAGCUGCUAGUUCUCAACUGCUCGUCAACUGGUGCUCCUCUCCCUCUCUAGCCAGUCAUACAGUGUCAUUAUGUCCCGUAUUAGAAACAUAAUUUUUAUCAUUAUAUUAAAAAAUACUGAGAUUUUCAAUAAAGUGUAACACCUACAAAAAAAGCAUAUAAUUGCGUAUUUAGUCUUGUCACAUCGUAACAGAAACUUGUCUUCUUUUUAAAGCAAAAAAUCAUUGAAAAAUUAUUUUUCAGCCUUUUCUGUUCAGUGCUGCAGUAAAGGACAGGACAAAUAUAGGACGAUACUAAUGACUAAAUGACUACCCCAUACCCUUAAUUGUAAAGCCAUCAUUACAUAACUUGCUAUAGAAUUUAAAAUGAAACUAUAUAAACUUUACCACUAAGAAAAAGUCAGAAAUAUUUAAAGUACCAUCUACAUUUUUAAAAAUUGCUUUCUGUCAGUGAGCAAUGUGGCAGAUUUUGCAAUACAAGUUUCGCUAGUUGAACGUGAAAAUGGAAGUUAUUAUUUGUGGCCUUUUAUUGUUGAGAAAACACAACUAUUUUGAUGAACUUACAGCAUUUUUGAAUAGUUGAUCUUUGAAAACUAAGAGGUAGCAACACAAAAUUCUCUUCAGCAACAUACUACAGAAUAAGUUUUAAAUAACCACCUUAAUAUUCUUCAAAGUACAGACUUUCUAAGUAUCUGCUACAUCUAUAAACUGUGUCAGUGGAUCAGCACACAAAUAAGUGUCUUCUAUCCAAACAACAUCCCAAACUCGAUAGUGUACACUUGUAUGAAAUAAAUGGCUGUUUAUUGGUUCUGCUACUGUAAAUAAAAGUAGUUUUCAGUCCUUCCAUCCUAAAUGAUAAAAACAGCAUGGCAACAAUAAAAAUCAGUUACCAAAAAAUAAAGCCUCUUUUCUCUACAAAAGCCUUUUAGCAACACACGCUUAUCAUAGGAAAGCUAAAGCAGAGUUACAGUUUCAGUAUGCAUCAUACAAUCCAUGAAGCAUUUAAACACAUAAGACCAUAUUCUCCUAUGAAGCAACUAGAUCUAGAAGAAAGGAAAAAGUGGAGUCAAUACAAAUACGUCUAUAAAAAAAGAAAUAGACAUGACAAAUUUAUUCCUUACACUCACAAUUAAAAAAUAGCAUGCUCCUGAACAGGCUACUGGACAACCUGCAGUAACUCUUUUCAGAUUUCUAGAAAAGCUAAGCAAUUAUCAAUUCCAAUCUGAUUUUUUAGCUUGAAUUUCGUACCACUUAUACAAAGUCUUUUUCUGUUAUCUGAUCCAUUAUCAAAUUUGUUGUGUAUGGAAAUUCAGGACUAUGAUCAAGCUGUAUCUGUUAGAGAUUGCAGUCCCUUCACUGUAAGAUGCAUUUUUCAGUCUCUCAUCUUUACAAUUCUUUAUCCACUUCUCCACAUUUCUCCACAUUUCUGAUCUUUCUUCAAUUGCUGGGACUGAACAUGUACACCUGACCAAAUGUACCAGUACCAAAUAAAAGGGAAACAAUAUAUUUUACACAGAUACACAUUUUCAAAAAUGUUUUCUGACCCACGAAACUUCUAUCCUAGUUAUAUAUGUAUUUAGGUUUCCUAUUCAUGAAGCCUAUUAAAGUCCUUUUCAUAGAA